AUGAAAAUGAAGAUCAACAAAGCCGCCGAUCUCUCCUCAAUCUCCGUCUUCCCUCCUCCUCACAUCUAUUCAAGGAGGCCGAACAAUGUAUCCAAUGGACUGCAAGCGUCGCAGCAUCGAUCGCAACCGUCUCAGCAGUCGUUUUCUCAGGGAUUGUCAUCUCAGCAAGGAAUUAUGUCUCAUUUCUCGCAAAGCUCGCUCGACGAAGCUAUCACAGCAAAUGAUCAGAGAGCUGGUUCUCAAGAACAUGAGAACUCUUCAAGGAGGUUUUCUAGUUUGCCUCGACUUGCUUUUCCGAAGGACGAGAGUCAACCACACAACUCAAGAUCUUCAUCCAAUCUCCUGGUGAAAUGGAACUCUGUAGAUAAUAAAAAUCAGUUAAGUGAAGGACUCGAAACCCGAAUUGGCAUAAUGGAAACCUCAUUGAGCAGGUUUGCAAUGAUCAUGGAUUCUGUUCAAAGUGAUGUAAUGCAAGUUAACAAAGGAACAAAGGAAAUUAAUUUGGAGAUGGAGUGCAUAAGACAGAAGCUGAUUGCUCAAGAUAACUCGCUUCAGUUAAUGAUGAAAGGACAAGAAGAAAUUAAAGCAAGCAUUAAUGAGAGCUUGAAAUCUUUCUCUGAACAAAUGAGCCACGUUACAAACAUAGAGAAGUUACAGGAAGCAUAUAUGUUGGUUUCAGCCAUGCCUCAGCUAAUUGAAGGCUCUCUGAAAAAUUUGCAAAAUGAUAUCCAGAACACCACCAAGGAAAUGCAGGAAAUCUCUCGCAGUUUAAAACAUACUAACCAAAAGGAUCUGGCACAGUCUAUUCUGUCUCCAAAGUGUGUUAGCAAACAAUUUAUCACACCAAAAAUGCAUCAGCGUCCGGCUAAUGAAGCAAAGAUGUACACUCCAGCUAUUGUAGCUUCAAAAGUAGACACGGGAGGCUGGUUGCCAGUAAAAAGAGAGAGAGUUACUUUUUCAGAUAGAGUAUCUGAGAAGGUGCAAAAGCAAACUCAACCAUACACUGAGAAGAUAAGGGGAGCAAGAAACUGUGCAAUUGUCAUUGAAUCUGACGAGGAGACUGAUGGAAAAUUUUCCUGCGCGAUUGAACUAAACGCAGUAGCAGCAAAGGGGAAGGGGAACAACAAACCAAAAAUUACAAAUGAGGCAAUUCGCGUCAGCCAAAUGGAGGGAACUAAGUUGGUUGCAAAAGAUGGACAGGCAGCAUUGAGGAGGAGUGCAAGGAAGAGACUCCCUAACCAAAUGAUGGCUGAUUUUGUCUGUAAAGGGCAUAAGAAAAAGAGUCAUAGAAAAAAGGACUUGUUUGGAAAUUUGAGCAAGGAAGAAGAGGAAGAAGCCGAGCGAAUUUUGAGGAAUGCGAGGAGGCGCAAGAGGAAGCGUAAUUCUAUGAUAACCAUCCUUUGA